AUGCUUGAUAAGAGCAUCAGAAACAACAAUAGCACGAUCCUCACCGACGGCUUCGUGGCAAACCUGACGAGCUCUCUGCUCUGCCGACUGGACCACUCCACGGCGAGACACCAGUGUCUGUGCGUGCCACCAUUCAAGCACAUUCCGGACCACGGGUGCGCCCCGGCGGGGUGUGUUUCGGACACGGGUUUUGUGUGCCCGCACGGAGAAUGCCUAUACAGUGAUGGAGAGUACCUGUGCAAGUGUGAGGACGGCUUUGUGAUGCUGAACAGCACGUGCGUGCACGCCCAGUGCGUGAAGAACGGGGCUGCCUGCAACUGGACGCCCAAGGCAAGGGGCAGGACGUGUGUGCAGAACGCCACAGCCGCCCUUGCGUGCCAGUGCGACGAGGACGCGGUCCCCCAUGGCCAGCUGUGCGCCAGCAAGAAGUACCUGAACACUCGUCUGGCUGGGAGUGUGUGCACAGGACACGGGGAGUGCUACAAGGAUGCCUGUGUCUGUGCCGAGGGCUACCACAGGGAUCUAUGUGACUGCCGUGUGAGGAACAUCGGGGCCGUGGCGGGGGUGACGGCGAGCACGGCCGUCUUCUUCGGGCUCCUCUUCCUGUCUGCGACCCGGUAG